GAGAGAGAGAAUACAAAAACUUACAAGAAAAAUAUAACAAACCAAACCGGCGGGGGCGUUGCUGAUAGAGUUUGUUUCCCGGACAAGGAAAGGAAACACUCAUCAGAGUCUGAUCAGAAUCAUCAGCGAUGAAACCAAACUCUCGUGCUCUCGUUCUCCUCUCAUUUCUCCUGCUCCUCCGUCUAACAAUUCAUUGCAGAGCUGAAGUCAUAACCCUAACCGCCGACACUUUCUCCGACAAGGUGAAGGAGAAAGACACGGCGUGGUUUGUGAAAUUCUGUGUUCCGUGGUGUAAACAUUGUAAGAACUUGGGGACAUUGUGGGAGGACCUUGGGAAGGUGAUGGAAGGAGAGGACGAAAUAGAGAUUGGAGAGGUUGAUUGCGGUGUGAGUAAACCAGUUUGUGACAAAGCCGAUAUUCAUUCGUAUCCUACAUUUAAGGUCUUUUAUGAAGGAGAAGAAGUUAUCAAAUAUCAAGGACCGAGGAACGUCGAAUCACUGAAAACUUUUGUUUUAGAAGAAGCUGAAAAGGCAGCAACGAAAGCACAGUUUGGCAGUGAUAAAGAAUUGUAGAGAUGUUUAAGUGUGGGGUAUUCCUACAUGGGCAAGAAGGGCCAUUUGCUCUUUACAGCAGUGGACGUUUAUGGGCCCCAGCUCAGUGUUCAUUUUGUGGGUUCUAGCAGCUUUUUUAAAGAAAAACAUUACCCCAUUUUUGUAUUUUGAUCAGAAUUUGUCUAAUCUCGAAGAUAACCAACUUAGAAUUAGUAUUGAGGGCAAAGAGAAUUAGUUUGUAUUGAUGAACUUUGAAUCUCAUUUCAACUUGUUCUUCGUAAA